AUGAAUUUAUCGAUUUGGAAUGAUGAAUUUUGGUUGCCUCAAAAUACAACAUGGCAAGAUUUUCAGGAACUUGAACAAAAUGGUGUACGUUUACCGAAAAUUCGAGACCUUCUCUAUGUUUAUCCAUUAGCUGCUCUACUCUAUAUAACACGUCUUUUAUUUGAAUAUUAUAUUGCUCAACCGCUUGGUCGCUCUGUCGGUGUACGUGACGAUCAACUGAACACGCAACGAAUUGAUAAAAAAUUAAUAAAUCAUUCUAAAUCACCCGAUAAUAUACAAAAGCAACAACAACGUCGGACUAAGACACGCAUGAGUCCAUUAGCUAAAUUUAGUGAAUCAACCUGGCGUUUUACCUUUUAUCUUAGUGUAUUUUUGUAUGGUGUUCUGAUAAUGAAAGAUAAAAUAUGGUUAUGGGAUACACGUCAUUGUUGGUUAAAUUAUCCAAAUCAUGAAUUAACUAAUGAUGUCUAUUGGUAUUAUAUGAUAGAACUUGCUUUCUAUUGGUCCUUAGUCUUUUCACAAUUUAUUGAUGUUAAACGAAAGGAUUUUUGGGAAAUGUUUCUUCAUCAUAUUGCUACAAUAUCAUUACUGUCAUUUUCAUAUAUUGUCAAUUUUGUACGUGUUGGAUCAUUAGUACUUGUUGUACAUGAUUGUGGAGACUAUUGGCUCGAAGGUGCCAAAAUGGCUAAAUAUGCGCGAGCACAACGACUCUGUGAUACAACUUUCGUGAUAUUUGCCGUUGUUUGGUUUAUAACACGUCUAUGUUUUUAUCCAUAUAAAGUAUUGUACACGACAACAUUUGAAGAAAUGAAUAUUCUUGGCUUAUUUCCUGCUUAUUAUAUGUUCAAUGGACUUUUAAUUCUUCUUCAAAUUCUUCAUUAUUUCUGGUUUUAUCUUAUUUGUCAAGUCGCUAUUUCAGCUUGUAAAGCCGGCAAAGUAAAAAAAGAUGAACGAAGCGACAGUGAAGAAAGUGACGAUGAACAAGAUACUGUCGACGGUGAUGUUGACAAAGACAAGUGA